AAAUGUGCAGUCUUAAGGGACCUUUUCUUUUCAUCAUCUUGUCUCUUACUUUAAACUCCCUGGAAGCGACACCAGUCGAGAGCCACCAUCUGGACAAACGGAAGUGCAACACGGCCACGUGUGUGACACAACGCUUGGCAGACUUCCUGGUCCGGUCCAGCAACACCAUCGGGACCAUCUACGCACCUACCAAUGUAGGGUCCAACACUUACGGAAAGAGAAGCAGAGAAUCUCCCAACUAUCUACAGCUUUAAGUAGGCAGGAUGGCACAACGGUUGCGGCUCUUUCUAGAAAUUGCUCUUCCUGUCUCUAGCUCUCAUGUUAUAAAGUUCCUGGUCCUCCCGGUUUUCCAUUCAUUUCGUUUCAGCAAGGCCGACAUUUUGGCCAGAGGCUUGAAAAUUGGGUUGUCUGGGCCACCGCUUUGAUCACUGGCUACCUGCUUAUAUCUCACAGUGCCUUGUUUUUCCCCUGCUCUG